UCAUCAAUCUUUUUUUUUAUUAAUGGGUUGCAGUAUUAUUAUUAUAUCAUAAUUUUGUUGACAUGUUUUGGGUAACUUGGGUUUUGUUGAAUGCUUGGCAUGCUUGCUAGAUCAUGAGUGGCAGCAAAGGAAGAGCUUUUAUCUUCUGUCGCCUAUCUGUCAAAAACUAGAAACUGCUACUACUAAACUAUUGUACCUAAUUAAAGUUUAAAAAGAGAAGUCUCGAAAUGUAACUUUUUAACAAAAAAAUUACUUGUGAGUAGAGUGAAAACAUCCCAAACUUAUGUUGUCGUUAAAACAUUCAUGCAAUUAGGUAGAGCGAGGUAAAUUAAUAUUUGUGUAGUACUUGCCUACAUUAGAGUUGAACUCUCAACUAUUCGAACCAGCAAAAAUAAUUGCUCUAUAGUAGAUAGACACGAUAAUGGCAGCCACUAAGUUCAAGAUCGAAUCAGGAGUCCAAUUACUAGCAAGACUAAUAAAGAAAGCGGAGGUAGAAAACUUUUACACUGAUUUAUUUCAACCUGGACUAAGAAGCGACGAUGUAGUCGAAAUAUUUGGUAGCAUUAGUUUUUCAACUAUACUAAUAGAUGUGAUCAGCGAAGCGUUGUUACCCAAACAGAUGAAUGAAAAACCUUUAGGUGUUUUGUUAUUUAACACUGUUGGACAAUUUAACUACACAGAUUUAAUAAAUACAAUGAGAGCUAAGAUUGAAUCAUUCAAAUAUACAAAUGAAGAUUGCCUUAUAGACAAGGAAAAUAUACUACAGAAGGCCUUAAGCAAUUUGUUCAUACUUGAAAUUUAUGAUGCAACCCAAAUGUAUGCAACUAUUUAUAAUUUAGAUAACAUAUUAGCAAAUAAACAGAGUAUAUCAUUACUCAUUGUUGACACACUUACAGCAUUCUAUUGGUCAGAGCAAGGAUUUAAAAUAUCAAAGAUGGAUUCAUAUAUAAAAAAUUUACUUAAGAUGAUACAAAAAGUUUCUAAAGAGUAUAAACUAAUAUUUAUGUAUACACGACCUGGAUAUUUCGGUUCAAGCAAAGAUUCAGAUAAUCUUGAAACAUGUGAAGUUCAAGUAUCGGAAGGUGUAAACAUUACAGUACAGCUUUUAGACAAAAAUUCUACAGGAGUAUAUCAAGUUAAUGUAAAAACUGUGGAUUCAUAUUAUAAAAAGUGUUUUUGUAUAUUAGAUAAUGGCAUUAAGUGGCAGUAAACAAAUAA